AUGUCGCAGUAUAUUGGGAAGACAAUUUCUUUGAUUUCGGUCACCGAUAACCGCUAUGUGGGUCUCUUGGAGAACAUUGACUCGGAGAAAGGUACGGUCACUUUGAGAAGCGUUCGGUGCUUUGGGAGUGAAGGUAGAAAGAACUGGGGGCCCGAAGAGAUAUACCCAAAUCCGGCCGUUUACGACUCCGUGCAGUUCAACGGGAAUGACGUUAAGGACUUGAGCAUCCUGGAGGUCAGGUUGGAGGACGUGCAACCGGUGCUGCCGCCCCAGAUGCAGCAGCAGCAGCAGCAGCAACACGUUGCCCCUCCCGUAUCUGAAUCGCAGCAGCAACAGCAGCAGCUACAGCAGCCACAGAAAUUCCCAUCAAGGGAACAGGUGCCUGUUCAACAACAGGCUACGGCAAGUGUCCCAGUAGCAACAGAGUCUCGCGAGGAGAAGUUGCCAGCGGCAAUGGCAGGCUACGGUGUCUAUGCGCCGCCAUCUGAUGCCCAGCAGAGUGUUGUUCCCGAAGUGGCGGUCAACAGAGAGCAGAAACUCGCUCAACGGAAGGAGCACGCCAAUACCAGCGGUGGCAACAACAACAACAGUAGACGUCCCCAUCGUGACAGAAACGUCGAGAUUCCAAAGAACGACUUCGAUUUCCAAUUCAACAACGCAAAAUUCUCGAAGGAGAACUCUGAAGCGGAGCAAGAGAGCUCAUUUGCUUCCAACCGUUCGAACGAAAACUCUGCAGAGAACGAACCAUUUUACGAUAAGAAGUCUUCGUUUUUCGACACCAUAUCCACCUCUGCGGAAGCAAGCAGCAACAUGAGAUGGCAGGAUGAGAAGGAAUUGAAUUUGGACACAUUUGGUCAGGCCUCCGCGAGACCAAGACGUGGUAGAGGCGGUAGAGGCGGCAACAGAGGUGGCCAGAGAGGGAAUUAUAGAGGCGGCAACAGAGGUGGGAACAGAGGUGGUUACCGCAACUACAGGAACAACAACAACUACAACAAUAACAAUGGCAGUAAUUAUGACAACAAUGGGGGUAAUAGGCAACAAGAUUUCUCCUCGCAGGGCAAUCCUUACAACGUCGAGUUCUAG